CUAGCUCGAGCACCACGAGCGUACACAGUACAGUGCUCUAUCUUUCACACCCUGGCCGGCACAGCGCUGGAAAAUACGAAUAUGCGCAUGCGCAGAGCUGGAUAUGCCUCGUGUGAUACCUUUCGUCUGUCUGUGACUGGCGAGGUUCUGUAGAGGUUCUCGCUGGAGAGAGUCAUUAAAACCUGUCCAGCACAACCACGUGGCCAUUGUAAGUGUUAGUACGUAAGGCGCCGUGUUAUGAGCUCUACUGUAGCUGGCCUGUACUACAAAAUGCUCAAAAACUUGCAUUGUCUACGCCCUAGCCUUUCACCUAGUCUGUGCUUAUUAUCGCAUGUGCUUACUUACAAUGCUGCACUUGCAGGAGAUACUGUCUGUCUGACUGAAUACCAUUUUACAUGUAUGUGCUCGUAUGGUAAAAGAUCGGCAGAAGCUAUGCUACACUAUGUGUGUCCGACUGUUGGGCUUCUGUGACUUUUUACCACCUCACCGUGGACAACGGUGGGAAGUACCACUUACUGGGAAGGAGAGGCACAUCUUUUGUCAUGUGCUGGUGUCACAAAGUGUGCUGCUAGUUAGCCUUCUUGGCGAAGGAGGGGCCCUUUUUGUUGGGGUCUGGAGUAACUAGUGCAGUAUUAAACAUGACUGACUGAGGUUUAGAGUUGGAGAGUAUUGUGUGUCCUGUCAUUUUGGAUGCUGUAGACUCCACCCACCGUCUUCUUGAGUCAUUAAGCUCCAGUAUUUACUCCUACUUUGUAUGACGACUGAGAGUAAGAUCAAAGGAAUUCCAGCUAGUCCAAACAAGUAGAUGAGUAGUGAGCGCUUCCUGCUGAGUUUACGGGUAGUUAUACCAUAAAGAGGCCAUACGAUUUCCCCAUACUUUAGCUCAUUUGCAUAAACCACAGUGGGUAUAUGGCAGUUAUACGAUAGUAGGAAAUUGGCAGCGAGUAAUGCAAUUGGGGGGCUUUUACACUCUUUGUUUGCUGCUGUUUCUUUACCAGAAGGGAGUGUUUUCAGGCUAGAAAUGCCCAGAAACUUCUCUAGUAUAUAAACUAGCGAAAGCUGCUUCCCGACGCGUAGGCUCCCGUGGACUUGAACAGUAUUCGGUGACUUUCAGCUUUCUUGCUACUGCAACAGGCUGCAUUCUAAGGAGCACUGGGUAUAGCGGGAGAGAAAGCGAGCCAGAGGGGCAGCUACAAAACUUGCGCAUGGGGUCUAGCAGCGAUAAAGAAUAGCUUUGACAUACCUGUAACGCUGAACUCUCGAGAAAUGCCCGUGGCUUCUGCAAAACUAAACUAAAGCGCUUAUUGCAGCUGUCUCUCUCCCGAUUGGUUGCUAGCUCUCUAGCUGCGCACUCGAGGGUGUGCGUUAAAAACAGGGCGUUUUGAAAGCAUGUAGCCAGCAUCUGUUUUUUACAGAUGCUAAGGAAGGGUGAUCUUGCUCUCAAAGAUCGUGUACUUCGAUCACCUGGUCAUGUGUACCAUCUGCCGCUUUGUCACCAUCGUUCACACAAGUACCAGACUCAAGCUGAGCACAAGGAACGGUUUUCAAGGGCCCUGCACUCGGUACAAGAAGGAGGAGUAUCUGUCAGGAGAGCUGCUGAGGAGUUCAACAUUCCUAAAUCUACACUUCACGACCACUUGACUGGGAAGGUGGUGGCUUUUGGACAGAGUGGCCCCCCGGGGUAUCUCACAGAUGAGGAGGAAGAGGAGUUGGAAGAAUUCUUGUCAGGCUGUGCUUCAGUAGGCUUUGCCAGGUCACGGCAGCAGGUUCUUGAGCUAGUGCAGGAAGUGGUGAAUCGGAAAGGAUACACAGUGCGUGUAAGCCAUGGCUGGUGGGAUUCCUUUCGGCGGCGGCACCCAAACCUGACACUCCGUACUGCAUCUCCUCUGUCAUAUGCGAGAGUGAUGGGUAGUGACCCCACAGUGAUAAGCAAGUAUUAUGACCUGCUGGAGCGUACCCUCUCUGACAACAACCUCCUUGUUAAGCCUUCCCAGAUUUUUAACCUCGACGAGACGGGAAUGCCACUCAACCCUGCACCCCCUCACCUGGUUGCCACUCGGGGCAUGAAGCAUCCCAGUGCUGUGGGUUCAGGCGACAAGUCCCAGAUUACUGUUCUUGCGUGUUGUAGUGCCUCUGGAUACGUUCUCCCCCCAUUUGUCAUCCUUGAUCGGCUGAAUUUGAAGCAAGAUUUUACAGUUGGUGAAGUGCCUGGCACUGUUUAUGGCCUGUCGAAGAAGGGGUGGAUUGAUGGGGAGUUGUUUGAGAUGUGGUUUAUCCGUCACUUCCUAGUGCAUGCUCCUCCAGUUCGCCCAAUUCUGCUGCUAAUGGAUGGGCACUCCUCUCAUUAUCAGCCAUCUGCUAUCCGGAGAGCAGCUGAGGAGGGCAUCAUCAUGUUUCUCUUGCCACCACACACAUCACAUCUCACUCAGCCACUGGACAAAGGCUGCUUCGGUCCUCUGAAAAUGCACUGGAGGAAGGAAUGCUGGGAAUUUCUUACUGCUCACCCUGGCCAAGUUGUCACAAGACACCAGUUCUGAGCCAUUUUCCAUAGAGCAUGGUCGAAGUCCAUGACAAUGACCAAUGUCAUUGCUGGCUUCAGAACAGCUGGUGUGUACCCACUGAAUCGUCUGGCUGUGGCAGGCAAGAGCAAGACUGCAUGUGAGUCAUUGGCCGAGAAGACGGGGUUGAAGUUCAUCCCACUCUAUAGUCCCUCACACCGUAGAACGCAGGCUGUGAGAACAGGAACAACCUUUGAACCAGAAGAGAUGACACUCUUUCAAACACGCUUUGAAGAGGGCUAUGAUUUGGGGGAUGAAAGGUAUGAGUCCUGGUUAAGAAUGUACCACCCUGAAGUGAGGGCCAAUCAAGACGACGAGUGUACCCCUGAGCCUUCUCUUUCUGAUAGUCUUCCCAAAACAAGUACCCCAGUCUCUGGUAACAUAAUGCCACGUUCUUCUUUCUUGUCUCGUGUCUUGGCUGACCAGGCACCUUCAAUCAAGUACCCUGACAAAGUGCCGGGGUCUAAGGGUGGGGCGAGAGUUUUGACCAGCUCAGAGAAUUUAGAACAUCUAAACCAGAAGGAGAGAAAAAAGGAGGAGGCCGCUAGUGAGAAGCAGAGAAGAAAGGAGGAAAGAGAGAGAAAAAAAUUCUUAUUGCAAGAGGAGAAAGAGAAAAAGAAGUUGGAACGUGAAAGAAAGAAAAUGCAGAGAGAGGCUCAGAUGGAAAAAGCACGUGGUUCCAAGUCUUCAGUUGUGGGCACCUCGAGAAGUGGACAAUAUUCAGCAGAGCUUCAAGCCCAAGAGAAUGUUGGUGAUCAGUCUAGAAGUGGGCCGGAUCAAGAAGAGCUGCAAGCCCAGGAGAAUGUUGGUCGUCAGUCUGGUUCUGAUGGGAAAGGAGACGUUGAGGAGCUGUCCAUACCUGAAACUCGCAGCCGUGCGAGAACGCAAACUGGUUUGUUUGUACUGGUGCAUUUCAACCCGCUUCAGUGGGACGUGGCAGAGGGAGGCACAAGUCUGGAGUUCAAGUUGGUCGUCAGUCUUGCUCUGUUGGGAAAGGAGAUGCUGAGGGGCGGUCCAUACCUAGAACUCGCAGCUGUACAAGAAAACUCACUGUACCAACAGGUACUGGUGGAACAUUUCAACCCGCUUCAGUGGGACGUGGCAGAGGGAGGCACAAGUCUGGAGUUCAAGUUGGUAGAAGUGGGCCAGAUACAGCAGAGCUGCAACCCCCAGAGAAUGUUGGUCGUCAGUCUGGUUCUGAUGGGAAAGGAGAUGCUGUGGAGCGGUGCAUACCUAGAACUUGCAGCCGUACUGGUGGAACUUGUGCAUUUCAACUCGCUUCAGUGGGACGUGGCAAAGAGAGGUGCAAGUCUGGAGUUCAAGUUGGUCAUCAGUCGAAAAGUGGGCCAGAUCCAGCAAAGCUGCAAGUCCAAGAGAAUGUUGAUGAUCAGUCUAGAAGUGGGCAGGAUCCUGAAGAGUUGCUAGCUCCAGCGAAAGAGCCUACAGAGUGCACCCUGAAGUUGUGCAGGCACCCAAGAGCAUUCAAGUGGGUGCAGUGUGGAUACUGCCACAGAUGGUUUCAUUGUGUGUGUGGGGGCGUGAAGCCUACCCAGGCGAAACUUAAUACUUACCGAUUCAAGUGUAUGUUUUGUUGAAAAGAAGUUCA